GUCCCCUCCUUCACGUGACCACCCCGGAACGUCCCGAUUGUCUGCCCCGCGUGGGGUUUGAUAUCAACUUCCUCCCUUGUGCUUGAUUGGAUUCCCAUCCUUCCUUGGAGAUCCAUAGUCUAUCUCAAUAAACAUCCCACAUUUCAGGAAGACGAACACAAAGCAAUGGCUUCUGCUUACGGGGACUUCCGUCACUUGCUACCUAGCAAUUACAAACGCUUGAUCACCUCCUGGCUCGAAGAGGACUGUCCCAGUUUUGACUAUGGCGGUUUCGUCGUCGGGGAGUCGGACGGUGAGGCAAGGUUGUUGGGGAAAGCCAAGGGAGUCGUUGCAGGUGUCCCUUUCGUCGAUGAAGUUUUCGCUCAGUUAGGAUGCACAGUAGAAUGGCACGUCCAAGAAGGCGAGUACAUUGAACCUAUCAAACAUUGCGCCACCGUGCGCGGGCCUAUCCGCAAGAUCCUCCUCGGAGAACGUGUCGCCCUCAAUAUCCUCGCUCGGUGCUCCGGUAUCGCAACAAAAAGUGCCUCGCUAGUAGCUGCUCUCCGCACCCACGGUUGGAACGGAACGCUUGCUGGCACCCGUAAAACCACGCCUGGAUUCCGCGUGGUCGAAAAGUAUGGAAUUCUUGUGGGAGGUGCUGAUCCACACCGCCAUGACCUCAGUUCGAUGACAAUGCUAAAGGAUAACCAUGUCUGGGCCUGUGCGAAUAACCGUGCGGCUAAGGAUGGGGCGGGUUCUGCUUCGACCGAGUCCGUCGCGGCUGCUAUACCUCGGGCGGUCCAUGCAGCUAAGGUAGCUGGAGGCUUUGCGACCAAGGUAGAGGUUGAGUGCCGAAGUGUCGAGGAGGCAAAUGCGGCUAUUGAGGCCGGGGCGGAUGUGAUCAUGUUGGAUAAUUUCACACCAGACGGAGUUCGCGAAGCAGCUAAGCAACUUAAGCAAGGUUGGGCUGGCACGAAGCAGCCCUUCCUCAUUGAAGUAAGUGGUGGGUUGAACGAGUCCAACGCUGCUUCGUACGCAUGCUCGGACGUCGACAUUAUUUCCACUAGCUCGAUUCACCAGGGUGUCGGCAUCGUGGACUUUUCUCUCAAGGUUUCGCUGCGGUGAACACUGUGAUUGAGGUUUGGAUACACGGUAAGUAAAAUAGCUGAGUGACAACGUCAUGUGUAGAUGUGAAUAGACAAAACUAUGUAUGUACUUUGUCAGCACGUUCCCACACGACUAAAUGCCAACACUGGCGGUUGGUCUCGCCUUGUGAAACUAUCAAUAUACCCGAUACAUGCAAUGUUUGUGUCCCUAUCAACCCUACAAUGCAAUGCACAACGAUUGUUUAGUGGGCUCGAUUACGCCCUCAUAGGUAUAGCGGCCACGUGGUGAAUUUGAGACAUUAAAGUACUUCUAGUCUAACUUCAUCCCGCCUAACUAUCAGUCCCCCAAACUAAGUACGAAGAGCACUAUAUAGCCUAACCCCUGGGGAUUACCCUACCGAGUAGUGAAUAAUUUCCAUGAAAACAGAAUCGUUUGUGGCGGGCAACAUGGAAUCGGUUAGGAUAUUAGAAGUUAAAUAAAACGAGAGCCGAAAGCGAUGGGUAUAUAAAGUAUACAAGAAUGAACACAGAGAACCGGGAUCAACAUGAAGUGCUUAGGGUAAAACAGAAAGGUUCCUCGGGAUGCAAAACGAACUUGAGAACAAGACUGGCAUGAUUCUGAAUGGAACCGAACGAGAGAAAUGGACCAAAAAAAAAA